UCAACAAGCAUUUGAAAUGACAGUGACAGUUAAAAACAUAACCUAUGUUAUUCGUGCUCAUUUUUCCUUUUAAAUAAUUGUGAUUUUAUGUUUUAUUUAAGUAUUUUUAAUCAAUAGAGGGAUAGAAAAAAUCCAAGAACAAUGUCGUUGUUUAGAAAACCAAAAAAAUCUAUUCAACGACGAGUUUUCAGCGAGCGGGACGAUGAUGAUGAAUUAAUGGAUGUAGAGGAAAGUUUUUCCACCGAAAGAGAACACAAAAAGAAAGACAAAUCUAAACACGUACCAAAAAAACAGCCACUGUUAAGUUUUGAAACGGAAGAGGAAGGUGAAGUGUUUCAAGUAAAAAAGUCGUCGCACAGUAAGAGAGUUAUGAGACUGUUCGAGAAGGAGCGGCAAAAGAAGAAAGAGCCAAAACCGGAGAAGGAGGAAAUAAAAUCCGUAAAAGAGCCGGUCACUGAAAUUGUCACAGACGAUCUAGUAUUGAAAGUAAAUUCGAAUCACAAGCCGAAAACUCCCUCGCCACCUUUAAUACUUAGCGGCAGAGACGCUCUUUGUGCUGGAAAGGAUGAUCUCUCCUCCGACGAAGAAGACUCCGCAAGGCAUCGUUUUAGUAAACCCGAUAAAGUAAAGAUACUGCUGGAGUCCGGUGUUAUACCUGACGCAGCUAUGAUCCAUGCAGCUAGAAAACGGCGACAACGUGCUAGGGAAUUGGGUGGCGAAUUUGUUCCUCUAGAAGAAGAAGAGCCUGAAGGUUCAGGACGAAUGCAUCGCGAAGAUAAUCAAGACGAGGUGAGUGACGAGGAGCGCAUUGAUAUGGAUGCCAAUCCAGAGGUUCGCGAUCAGGAACGACGAAGGGAGCAAUUUCUGGCAGCGCAGGAAUCGGACCAAGAGGCGGAUCAAGAGUUAGACGAAUGGGAAAAUCAACAAAUUAGGAAAGGUGUGACGGGCGCAUCCGCAGCUAAUAUUCAACCAGAGUACUACAAUCAGUUCGAUCCUACUGUCGUUCAGGUUCAAACACCUGCUGUUGACCCGAGCACUCAACGUACACCCGAGGCAAUUAUUGAGAAGCUAAGGGAAAAAUUUGAAAGCGUCUGUGCAUCGCGUAACAGCCAUAUGCAACAGUUAAUUACUGUACAGGAUAAUUUGAUUGAAGUAAAUAACGAACUGGAAGUGUUAAAAAAACGAGCACCCGUAGCUGCAGAGCGCUUUAAAUUUUAUCAGGAGUUACGGGGCUACAUUACCGACUUGGUUGAGUGUCUAGAUGAAAAAGUUGGCAUUAUUUCUGAUUUAGAACAGCGCGCGUUAAAUUUAAUGGCCCAUAAAGCCGAGUGGCUGAUAGAACGAAGGCGACAAGAUGUGCGUGAUCAGGCAGAGGAGUUAACGAGUAUGGCGAAAGGAAUUGUUCGUAGGGCUAACGAGGACGAGGAGAAGGUUCGGCGAGCUGCAGAGCGAGAGGGGAGAAGAACACGACGGCGGCGUGCCAGGGAACAGCAAGGUCAGCCUCGUCAUGUCGAGGGGAUGUCGAGUGAUGAUGAGAUUACUCAGCAAGACACUCUAAAUUUUGACAAAGAGAGGGAACAGUUGGAUGGGGAGAUUCAAGAGGUAUUCGAGGAUGUUGUGGAUGAUUACACUUCGGUCGCAAAUAUAUUAAUUCGAUUUGAGCAGUGGCGCGAGACGGACAUGAACACGUACACAGAUGCCUACGCAACACUUUGCCUACCUCGCAUUGUCGGACCUCUAAUUAGGCUCAAUUUAAUAUUUUGGGAUCCCCUUUCCGAAUCAGUUGAGUUGGAGAAGUUGGAGUGGUAUCGUACUUUAGCCUUGUACGGUUUACACGAUGACGAAACAGAGGCAGCUUUAAGUAAAGAUCCCGAUAUUAAUUUACUACCCACAAUUAUCGAAAAAAUUAUAAUACCAAAAUUAGACAAAUUAGUAGAUAGAUGUUGGGACCCGUUAUCAAGUUCACAGACUCUCAAACUUGUAGGUAUUUUGAGCCGCUAUAUACGACGUUUCCCAUCACUCGGUCCCGCAAGUAAGCCUCUGCAAAAUCUAUUCAACGCAAUAUUACACAAAUUAAAGGGAGCUUUAGAGAAUGACGUUUUUAUACCGGUCACCUUUAAAUUGUCGGAGAGCAAAUCUUCAUUUUUUCAGCGUCAGUUUGCUAGCGGCCUCAAGCUCUUGCGUAACAUUACGUGCUGGCAAGGGAUCUUGAAUGAUAAUAUGUUGAAAGAAAUCGCCCUAAAUUCCUUACUCAAUCGUUAUUUGCUUAGUGCAGUUAAAGUGUGUCAAAUUACAGACGGAGUGGCAAAGGUCGGUUUAAUUAGUCACAUUUUACCUAGAAUUUGGCUGCAGGGCAACACACCGCAAUUACAAAUGUUUAGUGUGUGUGUCACAAACUUUGCUCAGCAGUUAGAUAAGGAUAAUCCCCUACAUUUUGAAUCAAUCGAGACAUUAUCAAAUGUAUUAAAGUCACUACGUAAUUAAUGAGCAUGUUGUAUGUUUUUGUACAUAGAAAUGUAUUUAAUUUAAUUUAUAAUAAACUACCCUUACAUAAAAUAAAUGUGCAUGUCUUUAUGGAAUUGCGUAAAACAGUGUCACCAGACUCAUCAUAAACUUUAAUACCCUGACAUGCGAUAUGUUAUCUGAAAUUUAGGUAGAAUAUGGUAAUUAGAAUUACUCAUUGCAUUGCCACAAUGAUCAACAGAUGAACACAUAUGUUUACUGCCUUACAAAAGUAUAGAGUCAUGUAAGUG